GAUUUUACUUCUACCAGUGACACAUGCUCAUGUGAGUCCUAAAGCUGUAGUGUUCAUAGAACCUCAUUCACAUGUCUACAAAGAAGACCUAGUUAUCCUCAGAUGUGACAUACAGGAAGAAGGAGAUGCUAAGUGGACAUACAGCUGGUAUAAGGACAAUAAGAUUAUCCCCCGUAAUAUAUUCCAUGAAUUGUUAGAAGACGACACAAUGCAGAAGUACAUCAUAUUUUCUGCUGAUGACUCUGACAGUGGAUACUACACAUGCAGAGGGCAGAUAAAUGACUCUCAGACCUCAGUGAUCAGUGAUGUUGUUACACUGACUGUAUCAGAGAAACCACUGCCAGUAGUAAGUGUAUCUACACAGAGUUGGCUUAAUGAGGCAGAAUCAGUGAUUCUAAGAUGUGAAAUUACAGACUUCCAUACUGACUGGAUAUUCAGCUGGCACAGAAAUUAUGAAGAAAUCAGAGACAGUCAUGGAGAGAUCAUGUAUGGAGACUCCUACACUAUCAGUCAUACCACUCAUAAUCACACAGGAGUUUAUUUCUGCAGAGCAGAGAGAGAAAAAUCAUCUAUGAGAUUUACAGCCAAUCAGCAGCCACUAUGGAUCACUAGUGAAUCUCCUCCAGUCACUAUAAUCAUCAAUCCCAACAAAACUCAACACUUUACUAAUGACUAUCUCUCACUGAGCUGUGAGGACCAGAGUCACUCUACUGGAUGGACAGUGAGACGAUUCACCCACAGUGGAGUAUUCAAUUUUUCAUUGUGGGAAUCACAUAAAUAUUUAUUAGAUUAUAUAUGGUGGCAAGUAAUCUCGGGAUCUACAUAUGAAACCAGCUCCCUCUCCACAUCCCACACUGGAGUUUACUGGUGUGAGUCUGAAUCUGGAGGAAACAGUAAUCCUGUCAACAUCACAGUGCAUGAUGGUGAUGUGAUCCUGGAGAGUCCUGUCCAUCCUGUGACUGAGGGACUUCCUCUGACUCUACGCUGUUUAUAUCGCAACACAAAGUCCUCAAACCUCCAAGCUGAUUUCUAUAAAGAUGGGUUAGUUCUCCAGACUCAGACUACAGGCGAGAUGAUCAUCCAUAGGGUCUCAAAGUCAGAUGAAGGUUUCUACCACUGUAAACACCCAAAAAGAGGAGAGUCACCGAAAAGCUGGGUCUCAGUCAGAGGUUCAUUGGCUGUUGAAGAUUUAUCUGGUGCUAAAGGUUUAGAUGCUGGAUCACGUGUAGAAGCUCCAUUGUCAGUGCUCAUGCUUAUCAGUAGUGUUGUGACGGCCUCUCCACUCUGGUGGUGACCAUCAUUCUGCUGCUCAAAUGUUACAAAGCUCGAGCUCACACUGAUGAAGAACAAAUUGAGAAUGCAGUCACAGAGGACUGAGUGAAGUUCAUCAAUAAAAAGAGGAUGCAUUUACUGUAGAAUUUAUUUCAUAUUUUAAUUUUGUGUUCAACAUAUUUUUUUAAGGAUCUUAAAUAAUGGUGAUUUUUCGAUUUAGUAUCAUGUUGUUAGUAGUACAGUAUCAUUUUCUUCUGCCUGGUGUUGUUUAGCUAAAGCCUGCAAACCUUCUCAUGAUUCUCAGAAAAAAAAGGUUAUAUGUUGCUAGUGCUAACUGCUAAAUAAUAAUUAACAGAUUAAAGAUUAUUAUAAUAGUUUAAAAAAGUAGUUAAUAGUAGUGUGUUUUGGAGAUUAAACUAUGUUUCUAAAAGCAGAUAACCAAAUUAACAUGUACAGUAUAUGGGUAAACAACUGAACCUGGUUGUAGUGAUGUAAGAAGUACAGGUAAUAUAAUGAGGAAACUAACAUGAUGCUUUUUAAUUAACAGUAUGAUUUAUUAUGUUGUAUU